AUCUUUAUUUUAUUACAGCGUGGUGACAAUGUUGCGUUUUAAGUCUGAAUAGUGCGGUAGUAUAUGCUAUAUAGACAUGUUAUUAAUAAUACUUCUAUUUGGAACAGCUGGGCUGACUCCUAGUGUUAAAGGAUAUGUGGAAUUUCCUGCGAAUUUUCAGUGUGAUGCAUAUAAGAGAGUGUCCAUGGGAUACCCAGCGAUAAAUGGUCCAAAAUCCAUUCACGACCGCAUCGCCAUCGUCGGAGCUGGAAUAGGUGGAGUGCACAUGGCUUCCCUGCUAAAGGAACGUGGCUAUAAAAAUGUCAAAAUUUUAGAACAACGAGAGGAAGUGGGUGGAAAAUCUUACUCACGAUUCUACAGGGGCGUUUGGAAUGAAUUUGGAACAAUUUUUAUGAGCGAUAUUUACGAUCAGGUAGCAAAAUUAAUGGAAAGAUACAACGUUGGAUUUCAAAUCCGACCUAAGGGACUCUCCACAGUGUGGGAGAGUGAUCAAGAGGAGACUACUUGGACAAACCUCCUGGUUCGAAACACAGGGGAGGCAACACCACAAGCCGCCCUUCGCCGCGUGCAAGCUGCUCUUGAAAGGUACGACCGACUCCAUCGGUGUUUGUUUGGCAAUUAUUCCAGCGAACUUAUGCCACGACCAACACCGGAAGUCCUCAAUCAAAUUCAGGGAUCGGUACUAGAUUUCUUACAGCGGAAUGACUUAUUACUUUUGGCACCAAUUUUCAGAACAUUUCUUACAACAAAUGGGUAUGGAUAUAUCAACGAAACAGCGGCGGUCUACGGGCUGAUGUGGGUUCCUCCCACCGUAAUAAGGGGCGUUUUUACUCCUGAAAACGGUUUCUGGAUUCUACGUGGAGGAUUUCAAACCCUUGUUACUGAAAUAGCUGAACGAAACAAAUUGAAUAUACUUCUAGGAACUGAUAUCAAAAGCAUUCAAAGACAAGUUGGGCCAUCUGGGAUAAAUGUAAUUUACAAAAUACCCGGGAAUCCGCUUCUUAUUACGGAGAGGUUUGAUUUUUUGAUCCUCACCCCAGCGAUGAAUUCUUUAUUCCGUAUCGUAGAUUUCAACCCAAAGGAAAAGAGUCUCUUUAGUACACUGACGAACGCUAACUACGUCACAACUCUCAUAGAAUCUGACAAUGGCAGACGCGGCCGGGACCCGCAAUCGUACUACAACAGUGACAUAGAGCAGCCGACUUAUCCCGUGUACGCAACCUACAACACUUACCACGCCAAGAAUAACAUCACGGGCGAUCCUCAUCGUCUGGGAAUUCGGGAAAAUGGUCCUGAUAGAAACCCGCAAGAAACAGUUAUGUACUAUCAGUAUGGAACAGAAAAUCCUUGGACAAAGGACAUCGACUUCAUUAUCCAAUCAAAGUUAUCUGCGCAUCUGCAAAGAUUUGAUAAAACGAAUCCUAAGAUUUUGGAACAGAUCAAGUGGGGAUAUUAUUUUCCGAGAUUCCGCAUCCCAGAGGCAAAUAGGGGUUAUCUAUGGGAUAUCCUGGAUAUGCAGGGUCAAUUCAACACGUGGUAUAUAGGUUCAUCCGUCUGUUUUGAAAGCAUGGAAAGUGUGAUAGAAUAUAACAAUCUAUUGAUGAAAUUAUUUCAUUAACUGUAUAACUUGCUAGCGAAAUACAUCAUCAUCCAAAGCAAAUUAAAACUAUAAGGCGGUGGAUUAUAUCAUUACAGACAUAAACCAUACAUGUUGUUCCACAUUCAGCUUCGUCGUGGGAUUGACUAAUUUUCAGUUGUUGUGUUUUUUACAUGCAUUUCUGCCUUAUUGUGGAUGAUUAAAAUUAUUUUGCUGACACAAA